GGGCCAUAUAAAUAGCAACACUCUCAGGUUUGCCCUUCUCUUGCCUGGGUGAGAGCCAACAGACAGACAGAUGGGUGGUGGGUCCAUGGGGCUGGCGACUCUCCUCCUCUUCCCCCUCCUCUUCCUGGGGGUGGACGGAUCCCGGCUGCAGGUGCUCACGGCACCCGUCUCCCAGGCCCUGCUGGGCACCAGCGCCCGGCUGCAAUGCUGGUUCGACGUCGGGGGACCGGUGGCCUUGAGCUCCCUGUGGGUGACCUGGUGUCUUGAGGCCCAGAGGAUCGCAAGCUACAACCCGGGUGGGGGCCAAGCCCGGCCUGGGGCCAGUCUGGCGGAGACGGUGUUGGAGAGUGGAGACGCCUCGCUGGUACUGGCCGGAGUGACGCUGGCGGACGAGGGGCUGUACACGUGUGUUGUGGGUUAUGGGGCAGAGAAGCAGCAGGGCAACACCAGCCUCCGCGUGCUCGGUGAGGGUCGCCAGUGGGUCCUGGCAGGGAGGGGACUGGGGGAGACCCCCGGCACCAUGGAUCCAACCCCUCCAUGCCCUGCAGCUGCUCCGAGGGUGUCCGUGGCCCAGCGCAUAGGCAGUGCAGAGACUGCCCUCGAGUGCCACAUCAGGGGCUUCUACCCAGCAGCUGUGGAUGUGGCCUGGCUGCGGGAUGGGCAGCUCCUGGACAGCUCAGGCCGCACCACCCCCCAGCAGAGCCCCGAUGGCACCUACAACCUCUCACUAAGCUAUGCCUUCGCCCCGAGCGCAGACAGCAUGGGCGGCAUCUUCUCCUGCCGCGUGCGGCACCAGGCGCUGGGGGAGGCCUUACAAGUGGAGCUACCCCUGCCCGUCACAGGCACUGGUGAGAACGAGGUGGUAUUUGGAGCUGCCCUGGGGGUUGUGGCAGCCGUGGGGCCGACGGCCGCGGUUCUCCUGUACGGCUGGAGGAAGAGGCGAGAAGGCCACUGGGAUCUGAGUGGUACCAACGUGCCAGGCACGAGGCUGGAGGCUGGCAGCGAUGCUCAGAGGUCCCCAGAGGCCACUCCGGACUGUGAAGCCGGGGGAGAUGGCAAGAUGGGCACCAAGCCAGCGACAGGCAGCAUCAGGGAGACCAAGUGACUUGAGUGCAGAGGCCACUGGCUACCCCAGCCCCAGCCGUGGAGGACCGAGGCAACUAAGAGAAUGCCACAGGGAGUUGGCAAAGCCCCCAGACGCUGCAGCUGGGGUGCACG